AUGUUUGGCGGACAAAAUCGCGCCGGUGGGUUCGGAACUGCCCAACCCGCGGGCGGAAGUCUUUUUGGAAGCACCACAACCACCCCCUCUACUGGCUUCGGUGCCAAUACAGCCACCGGUGCAGGAUUCGGUACUGGAGGCGGAUUCGGUAGCGCCAACACCGCCAACACCAGUGGAGGCCUUUUCGGGGCCAACAAGACUGGAGGAUUUGGAGCCACCAACAACACGGCUACCGGUGGCUUCGGCGGUGGUGCCGCUGGAGGAUUUGGAGCCGGGGCAGGAACCGCUAGCACUGGCUUUGGCGGUGGCGGUACUGCCUUCCAAGGAGCUCUGCCUACCUGUGAAGGUACUGCCGGCACUCCAUUCAACCCUUUCACCGAGAAAGACACCAACACCUCAGCCACGAACCACUACCAGAGUGUCAGUUUCAUGCAGCCCUACAACAAGUGGUCUUUUGAAGAAUUGAGACUGGCGGAUUACCAGCAAGGUCGUCGUCACGGUAACAACACCGGCCAGGCCGGGUCUUUUGGUACCUCUACCUUUGGUGGAAACACCGGUGGCGGUUUCGGGGCAAACACCGGUACCGGCUUUGGUGGUAGCACUUCUACGCCAUUCGGUGGCGGCGGCACCUCGAAUGCAUCAACUGGUUUCGGAGGCAACACCCAGACGGCUGGUGGCUUCGGCUCUACUCCUGCCAACAACAGCAACCCGCUGUUUGGCGGAGCCAAGCCUGCCGGAACCUCCUUGUUUGGAAACUCUGGAAACACCGCCAACAACACUACAGGGGGUUCCCUCUUCGGCAGCAACACCGGAACGACUGGUGGCUUCGGAGCCAACAACAACACUGCGGGAACCACCACUGGUGGUGCUUUCGGCAACACCGGUGGUGGCCUGUUCGGCAACAACAACCAGCAACAGGCCAAGCCAUUUGGCGCCACAGGAACUGGAACUGGAACUGGCUCUACUUUUGGCGGAUUUGGUGGCUCACAACCUGCUACUUCUGCCACGCCAUUCGGUGCUACCCCGGCUACAGCUACAACCUUUGGCGGCCAGCAGAACCAAGCCGGUACAGGAACUGCCUUUGGCGGUGGAUUUGGUACCCAGCCCCAACCCCAGAACCAGGCGAAGCCGGGCGGAUUGUUCGGCAGCACCGGCGGGGGGUUCGGUGCCAACAACACUCAGCAGCAGACUGGUGCUGGUUUGUUCGGCGGUGGACAAACCCAAGCCCCUGGCACUAGUGGUGGCCUGUUUGGUAAUACGCAAAGCCAGCCUCAGCAGCAGAGUGGCGGUGGCUUGUUUGGCGGUGGUCAACCCCAAGCUGCUGGCACUGGCGGAGGUUUGUUCGGCGGUUCGCAGAACCAACAACAGCAAAAGCCUGGUGGUCUGUUUGGUGGUAGCACUGGUACCACUGGCGGUGCAUUCGGCGGCGGUUUCGGCAACGCUCAAAACCAGCAGGCCGCUGGUACAACUGGUGGGUUGUUCGGCAACUCUCAGAAUAACCAGCAGCAGAAACCGGGUGGACUCUUUGGAUCGACUGGAACUGGCGGCGGCGGUCUCUUUGGAAAUACCCAGGGUGCAGCUGCCCCGGGCGGAGGUUCCUCGCUCUUUGGUGGUGGCCAGUCUCAGCAGCAGCAGCCCGCUGGUAACAGCCUAUUCGGUGCUUCCCAACCGCAGCAGCAGUCCCAACCAGUGCCAGGAAGCUUGAAUGCAUCCCUGCUUGAGGGCAACCCGUAUGGUAGCCAGUCUAUCUUCUCGGGUCUACCGACCCCAAGUGCGCCGUCCCCCGGCCCCUUGGCCACUCCUCUCUCUUCCAGCAUGAAGCAAAAGCAGCGCACCCCACUGCCCGUUUACAAGAUUACUCCCACCGCUGCCAACCGUCUUAUCACCCCUCCCAAGCGCCAGGGAUACGGAUUCUCCUACUCCACCUAUGGCUCGCCUUCCAGCACCACCAGUACCCCAUCUGGACUUAGCAACAGUCUCCUGGGUAGUGGCAGCCUCCGUGGAAGCGUCAAUGGCAGCUUUGGCCGCAGUUUUAGCAAGAGCUACUCUACCAGUAACCUUCGCAAGACGUUCGACCCUGAUUCGGACAGUAUCCUCGCUCCCGGAGCCAUGCAGAAUGGCAGUGGACGUAGCAACGGUGGUAGCCUGAAGCGUCUUACUAUCGACCGCAGCCUACGUAACGAUCUCUUCAGUCGUCCGGCCAGCACAUCGCCUGCUACGAUCCCUAAUGGGGAUGAUUCUGCCCAAGCUGACAAGCUAAAGAAGAAGGUCAGCUUCGACUCCACCCCCGCUGCCCCCGUACUCUCCGGCAGUGAGAUCGUCCGUGUGGAAUCUAAGAGCCCCGAGCCUACCCCCGAGGAACUCGGCUUCCUCCGUUCCACUCGCAAGAGUGGCAGCCUCAACGGAAUUGAUGGCGUGGCUAGUCGGUCAGAAAUGGAAUCUAUUAGCCGUGAUUUGGCCGUCGUUCCCGAGAAUGGUGUGCCUAGUCCUACUAGCUCUAGCCUUACACGCAUUCCGGUCACCCCGGGCGAGGACCCCAAGCCGGGCGACUACUGGAUGAAGCCCUCUCUCAGUGAGCUUAGCAAGAUGACUCGUGAGCAGCUGAAGCGCGUUGUGGACUUCACUGUCGGCCGUCAGAACUGCGGUCAAGUCACCUUCAACGGCGCCGUUGAUCUUACUACUGUUGAUAUUGACAAUAUCUUUGAUGAGAUUGUUGAUAUUGGGUUGCGACGAAUUACAGUGUAUCCCGAGGAAAGCGUCAAGCCUCCCAUGGGUAAGGGAUUGAACGUCCCUUCUACUCUGCGCAUCCAGAACUCCUGGCCCCGCGGUAGAAACCAGACCGGCUCCAUUACUAGCGGUCCGCUAUACGAGAAGCAUAUUCAGCGUCUACAGAAGGUUACCGAUACCAAGUUUAUUUCUUAUGAACGUGAGACUGGCACGUGGGCAUUUGAGGUGCCUCACUUCACUACCUAUGGACUUGAUUAUGAUUCCGAUGAAGAAGGUGAGAACCUUGACCAGAGCGCCCUUGGUGCAGGCCCUGAUGAUACUCGCACUCCCAAGGCGCAGGCCGAUCACCCCGCGAGCUUCGAGCAAUCUGCAACGUUCUCCAUUGACGAAUCGUUCGUUGGAUCCAUGAUUGGCGUUGACGACGAUACGUUCGAUUUCAAGAAGCGUAAGCUUGUUCCCGGUUCGUUUGGCCAGGCCAUGGAGGCGGAGGAUGAGGAGAUGGGUUCUGAGGGUGAGACCGAGUCUUUUUUAGAGGAAGGCUCCACGGGUUCAGCUACUGAGCAUGACGACGACGUCACUGAAAGCCAGCGAUCUGGCGACUCGGUAGUUGGAUCUGAUGAGGACGAGGAGAUGGACAUGGCGGGUUCCUUUCCUAACCUUCAUCACACCGUGGAGCGGGAAGACAGCCAGAGCACCGGCAGUGAUAUGGACGCCACCCAGCCCAUCUCAAGGCCUUUUGGCACCCCCGGCAAGCCUCGUCUCAAUCUGAGCGGCGACUGGACCGAGCAGCUACAACGCACCAUCAGCCCGCGCAAACAGAACCGUGACCGCCUGCGUGAAAUCCAGGCGAAUGCCUUUACCGACCGACCUCUUCUGAACGACGGUUCGCCCGAAGAAAAGUCGACGAGUUCGCCGAAGAAGUUCUCAACCAGUAUCGACUUGAUGAAUUCUUUGUUCCAGCAGCCGCGGAAGCAGAACGCACCCUCUCCGUUGAAGGCUACAAAAUCGCAGCCCAAGGGCUUUGAGUGGCCAUACAACAAACAGCCCAAAACCUUCGCCGGAGACGAAACCCAGAUGGACACAAAAGAUAUCGCUUUUCACGAAUCUUUCAAGCCUCGCUGGGGUCCCAUGGAUUCUCUCGUUUGCGCGAAGAGUGAUAUGGAGCCUUUGCCCGAUGCCGACCAGCGCUGGCAGGAACGCUUCUCAGUCUUUAGUGAAGCAAGAGAUAUUGCUGUGAUGGGCUACAAUCAGUCUAGCAAUUCAACCGAGAUGCUCGAUGUUCAAAAGCAGCAGUCCACCAUCCAGCGUGUUGAUGGAAUUCCUCUGGUCCGGAUGUCUAAGAUUGACCUCGGCCAGUUCGCAUUUUCCUCUGCCAAAGAUGAAGAGCGAUUGGUAUGGCAGCUGAUCAACAUCCUCUUUAAUGAUGACAUCGAGGAUGACAUUUCAGCUGGUGUGCCACCGCAAUUGCGGUCCAAGUUCGCACAUCGUAUCAAGAAGGAUCGCCUGACUCGACUUUGGGAGGGCAUUAUUCGAGAGCGACAUGCUCAUUCUGUCGAACUUAUUCGCUCGCCUGAAGAACGCGCCAUUCAAUUCCUUUGCUCUCACCGAGUUGACGAGGCAUGCAAAACCUUGCUUGAAAACCAGAACCUCCACUUGGCUACUGUAGUUGCACAGAUUGGUCGAGAUGCCACUUCGCGGGCCGACAUGGCUAAUCAGAUUGAUGUUUGGCGCCAGAACAAUGUGCUCUCCGAAAUGACCGAGACUGUUCGGGCCCUCUACGAGUUGGUCGCUGGCAACAGUCUUCAUAGCGAAGGCAAGUCUGGCGGUGCUCUCGAAGACAGAGCUUCCAGCUUCACUUUUACUGAGCGGUUCGAUUUGGAUUGGUUCCAAGCUUUCGGUCUCCGUCUCUGGUAUGGAAUUACCGAGGAUGAGCCGAUCGAGGCUGCUGUGUCCAAGUUCCUCGCCGACAUGGCUACCGGUCUUGAGCCUGCUUUCCCCCAUCCUUCGCACGGCGCCAGCACUCGUGUAUCUGUCCAGCCCGGCUCCGACACUCUUGGCCGUGAGUCUCCUCUGUGGGUGCUGCUUAAGGCUUACUCGGCUGCCAAUGGCUGCAAGAGCGUUAAGUCCGUUGAGCUCCCUGCGGCUCUGCUUCCCGAGUCUGUCUCCGGCGACCGAUUAACCAACAGGUUGUCAUUCCAACUCCACUCCGUUCUUUCCGCCAUUCUGGGACAUCACGAUGCAAUCAAGAUCGACCAGUUGCAGACAGACCGUCUCGUGUGGGACUAUGCUUCUGAGAUCAUCGCCAGCAAAGAGCUCGAGCCUGCCCUCUUCGUCCUUCUCCAUCUGUCGCACCACGAAGAACGUAAGCGCGCGGUGCAAGAGACCCUCUCUCGCUUCGGCGCCCUUCUCCCCGAUCCUGAGUCUUCGUUGGGCACAGAAUCCGCUUGGCUUCACCUGACCACCGAGCUCCAGUUCCCCGAAGCCUGGAUCUGGGUUGCCAAGGCCUUGCACGCACGUGCCAGCAGUGACGCUACCCGAGAAGUGGACUGUCUCAUCCGCGGCAAGCACUGGAAUGACGCCCACUCAACAUUCUGUCGCUCCGUCGGACCCACCGCAGUCAUCUCGCGCGACUAUGCUACCCUCGAGCGCCUGGUCACCGGCUUCGGCGAGAGCCCCGAGCGCAAAAUGCGCAAUUGGGCCUCCGGCGGCGGUGUCUACGAAGACUUCUUGCGCCUGGCCACAGCAACCCGCGGUCGCCGGGACCCAAUUCGCCUAAGCCGUCUGGUAAACGCGCUCGUGAAAAUGGACGACCACGUCCGCAGCGGCAAUGGUAUGGACGGAUUAGAAGAGCGCGUAGCGUUCAAGGAGAUGAGCCGGGCCGUUGCCGGCUGGAUCACACACGAGGAUGUUCAGGUAAGUUCCCUCUCCAGUUCCCCCCUCCCUAUAAUCAUACGGUCACUAACUUAUCUCUCUCAGUCCGUUGAGUCCUCUGCUGUUCUGGGUCUCCCGCUCACUGGCGAUGCCCGUGUUUUGCAGACCGUGGAAAUGAGCCGCAGAUAUUAUGGAGUUAUUAUGGCUGGCGGUUACUAA